GCGGAUCGGCCGUACUCCUGCACCGAGUGUCAGCGCAGCUUCCUGCGUAAGUCCCACCUGACCAGCCACCAGCGCAGCCACGGCGGGGAGCGUCCAUACCCGUGCGAGGUGUGCGGGAAGAGCUUCCAUUACCGCCACCACCUGGUGGGCCACCGACGGAUCCACACCGGGGAGAAGAUGUACUCCUGCACCGAGUGCCACAAGAGCUUCAGCCGCAAGCAGCACCUGGUGAUCCACCGCCGCCGGCACACCGGAGAGACCCCCUUCCCGUGCCACCAGUGCGACCAAAGCUUCGCCCACCGCAAGGCGCUAAUGAGGCACCAGAGCCGUGGGAGCGGGGAGCGGCCGUUCGCCUGCGCCGAGUGCGGGAAGGGGUUCAGCAGCCGGCAGUACCUGAGCCGCCACGAGAAGAUCCACACCGGGGAGCGCCCCUUCCGCUGCGAUGUGUGCGGCGACAGCUUCAUCCAGAAACCCAACCUGGAGCGCCACAAAGGGAUCCACAGCGGGCAACGCCCCUUCCCCUGCACCGUGUGUGGCGGCAGCUUCUUCCGGAAACACAACCUGGUGCGACACCAACGCAUCCACACCCGGAGAACGCCUACACUUCAGCUGCAAGGUGUCACAGACGGCCACGUCUCCGCAGGGGGGCAAGGGGCCUGCCAGAGGGCGGCGGGGCCCCUGGAAAAUCCCUGCAAAAAUGUCUGCUGUAACCGCACACGCUCUGAGCAAUGA